AUGGCUUUGCCGAAUAUGCACCACGCAUCACCGAGCGACGCAGACAAAUUGAUAGACUUUGGAGAACGAACUGUCCAGCGCCACAUAUGCAUAUCCACCGAUCCUGUGAGUCAUCGUGGCUACCGACCCCAGGGAUUCGAUGCCACUGAUGACAGCCGGUUACAUGACGAAAAGCUGCAUUCUGAUGCGAUCGAAAGAUGGUCUGUUGCUAUGAAAGGGUUUCAGCCACCAGAUCACUUUUCAUCUGACAAACAAAAGCGCCGACGACAACAGGCACUGAUUGCAAACAAUGCAGAUGAGUAUGGUUUUACAACACGAAUGGAUAGCCCUACUACUUUUCAGUUUCUCAUACAGAGAUUCACAUUGCUAUUCUUCUUACUCUCCAACGAUACCAAAUUGUGGCCACACCUUUUGUCAGAUCCUUCCCUUCCAAAAAUGGCUUCCCGUUUUUCAUCAGAAGACAAGUUGACAGUCGUCAAGGCGAGAACAGACAACCCGGAGAUGUCCUGGAAAGAUAUUGCCGAGCUCAUCGAAUAUCGUCAUUCAGCUAAAGGCUGCCAACAUCUUUUCAGGAGAUUAUCAAUGUCCGAACGCGAAAACAUUUUGUUGUUUGGCCCUGCAAGCAAGCCUUCCAAUCACAAUAGACGCUGGUCCCCUGCAAGUGAAAAUCGCUUACUGGAAAUGUUCAAAAACAAUGCGUCAUGGGACAGUAUCGGUUUUGAGCUGGGUUGUACAAUAGCCGCUCGUAAAGCAAGGCUAACACUACUGAUCAAGCAAAUGGGCCGAAAGGUACCACCGGUAGACGCUGGAGUAGCGAAGAGAGCAGACAUAGGCUGUGCGGAGAAAAGGAACAAGAAGUCGUCAAGCCUACAUCACCGGAGUAUGUUGCUUCAUCUCCAAAACGCUCGGAUAUCGACUCAGUAUCCUCAAGACAAGGCUCUGUUGCUUCUUUGUGACACUCGGAUACCAGCUCUGUAUCCUCAAGACGAGGCUCUGUUGCUUCUUCAAACCGCUCGGUUAACAGCUCAGUAUCCUCAAGACAAGGCUCUGUUGCUUCUUCAAAACGCUCGGAUACCAAAUCAGUAUCCUCAAGACAAGAAUUGUGGCGAAAUCGCCAAACGGGCAAGGAUGCUGGUAGCAGAUCACCGUGGACCCGAGGAUCUGACUGCAAAUAGUGGCUCUCUAGCACAGGAAAGAAGUAUUUGGAAUAUCCUCAAUUAUCCUGUGAAUGAGACCGCAAAUUUUGGCUGUCCUAAGGAAUAA